AUGUCUCAAAAGAAUUCCGUCUUAAUUUUCUUCUUCUUGGCUCUAUUGCUUCCUUUCACUUUGGUCGCUCAUCCGGUCGAACGAGACGUUGGUGACUCCGCGCUAGCUUUGUUCUCGCCUAUCCUUGGUGCCGUUCAGUUCUACGAAUCUACAACGGGGGUUACUUUGAUCGGACAGUGGAAUACCGGAUUUGAUGAUACCGAUUGGACUCACUACACCCUCCAAAUUGUGGACACGGUUACGCAGACUUUAGUGACCGACCUGACACCCAAUAUUAUACCGUUAAAAGUUCCAAUUCUAAAUGGUGGCACCGCUGGUUGGACGUUUGAUGUUCCUGGAGUAAAUUUCCGAAAAGAAUGGAAUGGACAAACUCUGGUUGUUGCGCACUCAGGAGCAACAAUUGGAACGGCACUUAUUCAAGGCGUUAUUGCCUGA